AUGAGUCAAAAUCGAGUACCAACUUCUAUGCAUGCAAUACAAAUGGAAAACUACGGACCACCAUCCGUACUCGAGUACGUCGAGACAAAAGCGCCAGAAGCACCCAAAAAAACGCAAGUUUUGGUAAAAAUUGCCGCAGCUGGUGUUAAUCCGGCCGAAUAUAAAAUCAGACGAGGGUACUUAUCGUCGGUUGCAAAGAUAAGGUUUCCGGCGGUUAUUGGAGCUGAUUAUUCGGGAUUUAUUAUUGCGAAAGGAGAUCAAGUUACCGAUUUUGAUAUUGGUGAUGAGGUUUUUGGGACAAUUGCCAAUGUCUUUUCAGGAAAAGGAUCCUAUGCCGAGUAUGUUUUGGUUGAUACAAAGCUAGAUGCAAUAGCGAAAAAGCCAUCAAAUAUGAGUCACGAAGAAGCAGCCGGCGUCGGAAUCGCAUUCAUGACAACCUACAGUGCACUAAUACACGGAGGAAACCUAAAAACCGAUGAUGCAGCCAAAUCAUUAAACCAAAAAAUCCUAAUAAUCGGAGCAUCAGGCGGCAUCGGCCACUACGCAACACAAAUCGGAAAAAAUGUUUGCCACGCGCACGUAACAGCCAUAAACUCAGCAAAAAAUGCCGAAUUCGUAAAAAGUCUCGGAGCUGAUCGCGUAAUCGAUUACACCACUACUCCAGACUUUGUACAAGCCCUUCUCCAGGAACAAGAAAAAGAAUCGUUUGACAUGGUGCUUGACUGUGUAGGUGGAGAUGAAUACUACCAAAAAUCAAUUCCUUUAUUGAAAAACUCGGGGGUGUUCACGACGGUUGUUGGUCCGUUGGAUCUAAGUAGUCAAAGUAGUCAUUUGGGAUACGGAAAAUUAUUGUCAUUUGCUGGACGUAUUUUAUAUAACAAGUUAUUGGGAAAGAGAUCGUAUACUUUGGUUUUUGCAACUUUGCAUUCUAAGUUUCCGGAGUUUGUUGGGUAUUUUGAGAGAAAGCAGGUUGUUACAAAGAUUGGUUCGAAAUUUGAGUUGAAGGAUGCCGCGAAAGCUCAUGAACUGAGCGAAUCGUGUCAUGCUGUUGGAAAGAUUAUUUUGACUGUUUAG